GCCACAACUACAUUACCCAGAGUGCCUCUCGUUAUUACCGGAAGUCUCUACGUGUUCAGUUUGGCGACAUCAUAAAUAGCUAUACGAACAAGCAACUAAAAAGUUAUCGUCCUUCUGGAAAGGACCAAAGCAACAAGGUCCAUGUUGCCAACCACCAGCCAACACAGCAAUGGGGCCCUUGGUUCGAGGGAUGCUGCUAGACACACGGCAGGCGCCAAACGCUGGAAGUACCUGCGAAGGCUAUUCCAUUUCAGGCAGAUGGACUUUGAAUUUGCCCUGUGGCAGAUGCUUUAUUUGUUCACAUCACCGCAGAGAGUCUACCGCAACUUCCACUACAGGAAACAGACCAAAGACCAGUGGGCCCGUGAUGACCCUGCUUUCCUAGUCCUGCUCAGCAUCUGGUUAUGUGUUUCAACAAUAGGUUUCGGUCUGGUGCUGGACAUGGGAGUUUUUGAAACACUGAAGCUUCUACUCUGGGUGGUCUUUGUUGAUUGCAUUGGAGUAGGUCUCCUCAUAUCAACGAUCAUGUGGGUGAUAAGCAACAAAUACUUGCUGAAACAUCCAAGGCGUGAGUUUGAUGUCGAGUGGGGCUACGCGUUCGACGUGCACCUCAAUGCUUUUUACCCACUCCUUGUCAUUUUGCACUUCUUGCAAUUGUUUUUCAUCAAUCAUGUGAUUGUGAUUAACUCUGGCUGGUUCCUCGGACACUUUGUAGGGAACACUUUGUGGUUGAUAGCCAUUGGUUAUUAUCUGUACAUCACCUUCUUGGGGUACAAUGCUCUGCCAUUUCUGAAGAACACAGUGGUACUGCUCUACCCUUUCGCCCCACUGGCGCUCAUCUACAUCCUCUCCAUCUCACUGGGCUGGAACUUUACUCAAGGUCUCUGUGAGUUUUACAAGUACAGAGUCCAGUAGGAGCUCUGCAAAAGAACCUGGAUGUCAUUCGGACGGCUCCAUUUGCACACAGCGUCAAAGUGACACUUAACAGGACUGGUUUUGACUCUGGAAUGACUCCUUUUGUUUUCUUUUUGGGUCAGUGCGGCUUUGUCUGCAUGCGGCGAUGUUGCCGAAACAAAGGAGGAAGUGAGCUCGAAGUUUUAGUUAUUUUGUAUGAUUUGUAAAUAGAAUUUUGUUGGGUUGUAAUAUAUAAACAAAAAAAUCUAGAGAUUUGUGUUUUGGUAUUUUUUUCUUGGUGUGAGAAAAUUCUACUUGAAAUGAAAACAGCCUUCUCUUAUUUCUUGAGGCCUACAUUCCAGAGGUUUUUCAAUAAAUUGUUUUCUUGGCUUUCUAUCAUACCAAUCAUCAAACCAAAAUUACAGUUGUUGUUCUUGUAA